UCAUUGCGGACGUGUAGAUCAGAUCUCUGUAUAUGGGGAGAUCGCGCUGAUGACGAAUGGCUUGCCUUGCGUGUUGUACGUGACUUCCAGUAAUGUGUUUUUGGUAAAUUGUUGAUUUCGUGUUUAAUCACUCAGGGAAGUCGACUGAUGUGCUUUGGAGUUUCUGGCGCUAUUUGAAUGUUGCCAUAAGGCUCGAGCUCGAAUUCGAGUUGCUAACUAACGUCCAGGACAAGUGGAUUUUGUCUCCCGCUGUAUGAUGCCACAGGACAACAUGAACUCCCUGAUUCAGAGACUUGCCCGACAGGCGCUGGCGACCUUCCGCAACCAGGUUAGUGAGGACAGUAAGGGCUUUAUGGAGAACCACAGCAAGCUGAGGAACCUGCUGGCGGAGGUCAGGGUGUCGGAUCUGAAGAUCGUACCGCGGUGUGUGGAGAGCAGCUGUGUGCCCCCGCAGCUCAUCGGUCCACCGGUCACCUACAUGCACAUUUGCGAGACGGACUCCUUCAGCAUGGGGGUGUUUCUGUUAAAGCACGGCUCCUCCAUCCCGCUCCACGACCACCCAAACAUGUACGGCUUGCUAAAAGUGCUCUACGGCAAGGUCAGGGUUAGUUGUUACGACAGGUUGGACUCAUCACCUGACAGCGCGAGCGGGAGACCGUUCAACCCCCCACUGCUCCCCUUCCAGAAGAGCGCCGUGCGGCCGUCCGUGCAGCGGUCAGUUGGGGAGUACACUGAGGAGAGUCCCCCGUGUGUCCUGUACCCACAAAGGGACAACCUGCAUCAGAUCGAGGCCGUGGACGGACCCACAGCCUUCCUUGAUAUUUUGGCUCCACCUUACGACCCAGACGACGGCAGAGACUGCCACUAUUAUAAAGUUAUGCAGCAGGUUCCCGAGGGUGCGGACAGAAGGGCCGGGGGCCAGGAGCAGACAGAGUUAUGGCUGGUGGAAAUCCCACAGCCUAGUGAUUUCUGGUGUGGUGCUGAACCUUACCCCGGGCCAAAAGUUACUCUUUGAAGGAAUCACCACCUCAACUGAAGGAAUACUGAAAGACUAGGCGGUCUAGUGAUUUCUGUGUGUCCUGGUACUGUAUUGUCCUGACAACAAGCUGGACUCCAUGAACAACCACAACUUUUUCUGACCUCUCCUGGACCUGUUGCUGUGUCUCACUUUUACAUUUGUGAUCUGGCCCGUCUGGCUAAGACUGCCUCAAUUGCCUGAUUGUUUGUGUCGACCAUUUCAAAGCAAAAUGCUCUUUGAUUUGCUCUAUUAUAGUCUCUUAUUUGAAUAAUUACAUAUUCAACAAAUAAUAGAACUAGGUCUGUUUCUUGUAUUUCUUGUAUAUAAAAUGUGUGGUGAAAUAUAAUCUGUAAUAAAUUAACAAAUGUUUCUAAAGAUCCACAUCCAUGACAUAUUUUGUCUGGUUUUAAUUAACUGGACCCUGAUUUUUUUUUUUUUUCCUCCCCUGCUUUUCCGGUUUAGUAUUUCACAUUUCAGUAUGUCAUACACACUGGCCUGAUGUUAUAUCGCUACUGAAGUAAAUGAGUAAUUGUGUAUCUAGCAUCCAUUUCCUAACAAGCUCACAUUUCUGUUUCACUCUGGACUUUGUGCCCAAAAUCAAAUGAGACUCUUUACAGCAGUGGUUCUCAUCUUUUGGGUCACGCUCCAAAAGCUUGCAUACGGACAUGAAGUGGGUCAUUGAUAUGUUCUCAGUAAAAAAAAAAAAAAAAAGGUCAAAUAAGUUUGCACAACUUCUGACCAUGCAUUUUUAUUUUGCAAGGCAUCUGGUAUUUCUCACAUACAGACAUUUAAUUGACUUGCUCACAACUUUGUUUGUCUGUAUUGGUAGCCUGACGGUAAACAGUAAAUAGUCAGAGUCACCUUACAUUCACAUAGAGCACAACACACUGGUAGCUUUGCUUUUUUGGGUCAUGACCUAAAGAUUUAUGACAACUAUGUGAAGCAAGAGCACUUAAGAACCACUGCUAAAGAGUACCUUACAUAACACAAUGAGUUUUGAAUUAUUUUUUAGCACUUACACAGUUAUCUGCAUGAU